AUGGUUGAGCUCACUAUCGGUGUCGCGUCAGCGUGUAUCGCUGCAUGUAUUGCGCUUCUUCAGUUCGUUAUUCCGAAUGCGCUCGCUCUGGUCUUGACUGGUACCCUCUCCGAAUCUCAUUCAGCUGUAACCUGGUCUGUUGUCUCGAGGUUCCUACUCAGUUCCGACUGGCCGCUCUUCCUUCGCUCUGAUAGCGCAUCGUCGAAUGCUGUCGCUGGAAAUAUUGCAGUUGUCACCUGGAUCAGGCCGCUGACGCUUCUGAUCGCAGCCAUUGCUGCUAUCGUUAGCCCUCUGGGUCUGUAUGAUGGUAUCUAUCCAGCUACCAACAUCCAAGAGGUGGCCUUUGUGUAUGCUGCUGACAGAGGUCCGCUAGGGAGCGGUACUCCUGCUCGCAAUGUCGAUUUCGGUUUCAGUCGUGUAUGUGCUGAGUUCGCGUGUCCGGGCGAGCCAGAGCUGGGAAAUAUCACACAAACGACAAUAUAUAACGGUACAAAUAGGACUAGGUUUGGACGGAUCGCAAGCCCCGAGAUACCCCAAUCGCUGGUAGAUUUGUUCCAAAGUGGCGUCAACGAUAAAACCUCCAUGUCUAGUUUCUUCGAUGUACAGUACAGACAAUUGGAGGAGACCAAGAACUUCUGGAUUGUGGACAACUCCUCAUUCCUCACGGGCGACUUCAAGAUGCUAGGGUCGUCUAUACUGAACAACGAGUACGAGCUCUUGGAGGGUGUCAUACUCGACACAAUCAAUGAAUGGGAAGAAGAUAUACUGUUCCUGGAGCCAGAGGCCGCUUGCGUUAAUACCAACUUGACUGUAUACUACACAUUGACAGACACAGGCCUCAUCGGAAAUGAAAAGGGGCUGGUCGAUCGUGGCGGCUUCGUUGACAUUAACCGCACCGAUCCCUACCCCGUGGCUUCGUCGAAAACAGGCGAAUAUCCCUUCACGGACAGCCAACGAUUGCCAAUGUUGUACGACAGAGCCUAUUUCGCCGCGUGGCUUACGAACGUUUUCACCAUGCAAUUCCUCAAUGUGACCGAGCCUCGAACAAAUCGGUCACGCAUUUCAUCUGCUUUGAGCCAGAGGUUUCGAGUGAACAGUACUUUUCAGGAAUACGAUCCCAAUGAAAGCCAAUAUAUUGAGCGAACUACAGACUUCAGUCAACUUGUCAAGACACCUUACAACUACACUUUCUCCGAUCCUGCCAAGUAUGGCACAAAUUACAGCAGCAAUCCUGAAAUUGCAAAUCCCUUCAAUGUGGCCUCCGAGGUAUUUCAUCUGUUCACAAAAUAUUGCAAGUCGUCUUACGGUAGCGUUCCAGUCAAUAUCACCGAGAUUGCGGUAGAGCUAGGCAUGGUCGGAGGUGUGGGACACAGAGUCGAUAAAGGUUUCGAGGAUGCAAAGGAUGUGAAAGCACCCAAUUCGACUUGGGAACGACCAAUCUACGUCUGCUCAGGCGCCACCAAAGCGAAAAUAAAGACCGUUACGUUCCGCUACAACGCAACGAUCGACAACUCACUUGCGGGGCUUUACAUCAAGUCAAUCAAAGACAAAACAUAUACCAACUCAGUAUCCGCCCCAAUCUGGGGCUUCGAAACCCCUCAGCCACAAUUCAACAUCUCCGACAUUAAUCCUCUGUGGGGAAUCAUAGAUCCUGCACGAGUCAAAACUCCCAAUCUCACUACCCUACAGGCACCCUCGUUCUAUAUUCCUCACUCCUCGACGUCCGCAGUGGGUACAACGCCUGACCUCUCAUACCAAAAUGGAGACAAUGUUCCCAUGAUACGCACGCCGCCUGAUCUCUGGUCAGCAACACUCUACUCGUCAGUCACUGGACCAGCGUAUAGCGGCAAAGGCGAUCAAGAUUUACAGAUGCUGUGGAGGGAACUCAGCCGUAAUUCAACUGGUAUCGAGAAGAUGCUUCGACUUAUCUGGGUAGACCUAGCUGCGAACUAUCUUGUCGGCACGAAAGGACAUCAUACCACAAAACAUCAACAGCCAGUGUCUUACUCGGCCAAUUCCAAGCGCCAGGCUAGUGGCGGACAAUCUGGUCAAGCAACAUUUCCAGUACAUGUCCUCGAACACCACAUUCGCUAUCACUGGAUCUACGCCAUACCAGCCCUCACUUGCGUGAGUAUUGUCUCAGGCAUACUUCUCUUUGCGCUCGUAUCUAUGAUGUGCGGACGUGGCACGAUAACUCGAUUAAAGUACUACUUGUAUGCUAUCACCAGCGGACGAGUCAUGGCUGCUUUUGUGUAUCCAAAUGAAGGAGGAAUGGACCACCGACAAGCCGAGACGAAUAUCUGGAUCCAAGAGGUUGCACACAAACCUGUGCAGAUAUUUGAGCACCAGCCAACCCUACUAUCAGCUACUGGAGUCGAUCAUAAGGUACAGAUGCACCAGAGGAAGGGAACAGAGUACGUUAGUGUGAAGCAGAAAGCUGACAACGAUGACGAGUUGUGA